GUCUGUGAUACCCGGCGUGGGGUAGUGCUGUCUGUGAUACCCGGCGUGGGGUAGUGCUGUCUGUGAUACCCGGCGUGGGGUAGUGCUGUAGAGCAAAGCUGCUCUAACGUCACGUUAUAUUAAAAAUAUGAAUUUUAUUAAAACUAAACAAAGACAGGGUUAUUCGUUAAUGAAAAUAUUUUUAUAUACUGAAAUAAGCUACAAAAAUGAUAAACACUAAUGUGAAAUAUUUUCUGUUGCUGUUUUAAAAUCCUAUUUGAAUAAAAUAAUGAUUUGUCUUUGCGCCUGUCAUGUAAGGCACUUGAACCACAGAAAUUGCCAACAGCACUAGAUCGACAUUUUAUAGUAGCUAGCAGAGUCCUACAACUUCCCUAGAAAUAAAAUUACCAAAACCUAAUACUGAAGUCCUAAUAUAGAAAACCUAAAAUGUAUAAAAACUAUUGAAACUAAAACUGGAUUUCAAACGAAAUAUGAAAAUAACAUAAAACCUACAUUAAAAAAUCAAAAAUAUAAUAAUGCUGACACAAGGACAUACACAGGUAUAGGGUAUUAGUUAACAACAAAUUUUAUUUUAGUUUGCAGCAAUCUGGGAGUCUUUAUAAUCCCGUAGAGAGGAAUUGCAUAAAUGCCGGUAUUUCCAGACUUUCUCAGUCAACCUUUCUUUCUUUGAAUUCACUAGCUAUGUUUGUUUUCAAUCUGAUCAUCUUCUUUCUGACUUUCUGCUGCUUUUCCCCUGACCAAUGAGCAAAAAAAAAAAAAGAGAACAGUGGGAGGGACCAAGGAGCAGCUGGAUGACUGACAGCUGGCCUGACCUGUCCUGUUGGACAAGGCAGUGGAGCAUGGCCAAUCACGUUCCUAUGUCAUUGAAUUCUUGCUCUUAAUGUUGACUGCAUACUUCAACCAAAAUCAACAGAAUCCGUGUUGUUUUAGCAACAGAACGAUGCAUGUGCAGUAAUCACUGUAGUUAUCACUAUUUCAGCACAUGGUCCCGGUGGCAAACCUUUUUUUAUUAUUUGUUCUGAUCAUACCUAUUGACCACAAAUGGCCACACAAAACAUAUGGUCUCUUGCAUCACUAGUACCCUGAGAUGUUCUUCAAGUAAAAACAAAAGGCUUUUCAACCAUGAAUGCCUUUUGAAGGAGGACUUGAUGGACUUGGGCAAAGUUGUCCACAUUUAUAUGACAUGUCAAGUUGAGAUUUUAAAGAUGUGCUGAUUCAUGGGUAAAAAUUGCAUAUAAGCAUAUGUUUCUGUGUGCUCUAGUGUUUUGGCAUGACAUAGAAUGAAGAAGGAGAUGGCGUGUUCGAUUUUGUUUGGUCCAGGCGUUGUUUGAAAUAUGCGGCCACCUUUAGUCUCUGCUGCUAUGUACUUAAUUUUUCCUGAAUCUGUCACUUUUGUUCCCAUUACUCAGUUCCAAACCUGUCUUCCUAUGUGCUCUUCUCCAUGCCUCAUUAUUCAUUCCAAGCUCUCAUGCUGGGGAAGAGAGUGAAAAGGUUCCCCUGUUGGCACUGUCCCAUGUCCUACACGUCAGAGGCCUACGUCUACAGACACAUCAGGAAAUCCCACCCUGAGGAGUUUGGCCCCGGUGUCCUACUGAAAGUUCACUGCUGCUCCCAUUGUGGGAAGAGCUUCAGUCAUUUAGAAGAACUAAGAAGACACCAGCAGAUUCACAUGGGGGAGAGGCCCUACCAGUGCUCCCAGUGUGGAAAAAGUUUCACUCAGUUAGGAAGCCUAAAGGUGCACCAGCGGAUUCAUACAGGGGAGAAACCCCAUCACUGCUCACAUUGUGGGAAAAAUUUCACUCGGUCAGGCAUCUUAAAAAAUCAUAUGCGUACUCAUGGAACGGAGAAGUCCUAUUAUUGUUCCCAGUGUGGGAUGAGCUUCAUUUGGUUCAAAGACCUAAAAACACACCAACAAGGUCACUUAAAAGAGAAUCCCCACCUCUGCUCACAGUGUGGUUACAGGUUCACAUGUGUUGAAGAACUAAAGAAGCACCAGAAAAUUCAUGGCGAGAAGCUCUUCCAGUGCUCCCAGUGUGGGAAGAGCUUCAGUCAAGUAGGAACUCUAAAGGCACAUCAGCGGAUUCACACGGGGGAGAGACCCUACCAGUGCUCCCACUGUGGGAAGAAAUUCAGUCAGUUAGGAUCCCUAAAGGUACAUGAGCGGAUUCACACGGGGGAGAGACCCUACCAGUGCUCCUACUGUGGGAAGAAAUUCAGUCAAGUAGGUUCCCUAAAGGCACAUGAGCGGAUUCACACAGGGGAGAAAUCCUACCAUUGCUCGCAAUGUGGGAAGAGCUUCAGUCAAGUAGGAGCCCUACAGACACACCAGAGAACUCACACAGGAGAGAGACCCUACCACUGCUCCCAGUGUGGCAAGAGCUUCAGUCAAGUAGGAGCCCUACAGACACACCACAGAACUCACACAGGUGAGCGACCCUACAAGUGCUCUGAGUGUGAGAAGAGCUUCAUUCAACAAGCACACUUAAAGUCUCACCAACAGACUCAUAGAAGAAAGAGACGCUACGUCACUAUUCAGCAUGGGGAGAGGUUUGGUCAAGUAAGAGCCCUAAAGAUGCACAAACAGACUCACACAGGGGAGAGGCCCUACCGUUGCUCACAAUGUGGGAAGAACUUCAGCCAAGUAGGAGCCCUAAAGACACACCAGAGAUCUCGCACAGGGGAGAGACCCUGCAAGUGUUCCCAGUAUGGAAGAGCUUCACUCAACAAGCACACCUAACAUCUCACCAAAGGACUCCUACAAGAAAGAGACGUAGGAGGACACAGGUCAAUUACGAAAGAUAGAAAAACACCAGCAAAAACACAAGGAGAGACGCCUAACCACUACGCAGUGAGGAAGGAACUUCACUCAGUCAGAUUUAAAGAGACACAGAUGUAAGUAAAUCUACUCUUCAGUGGCAGUUUUGUAGCCAAAAACUAGUUAUCAAUACAUUGCUUGUUAAGUGUUUGAAUGGUAGCAUUUCCAAUAUCAGGACAUUGUUUGGUUAAAAAUUACAGUAAACAUUGUACAAAACAGUUAAUCAGUAAUAAUAAUUAUUAUUAUUGGUGUUGUCGUUUAUUUUUAUAUAGUAAUAAAAUAUUUACUUGGAGGUUCUAGCCAAAGAUUUCAAACAGUUUUGGACCUUCUGUAUCAUAACUGGAGAAAUGUCAGAUGGUACCCCAAGCUCUUCUUUGCCAUUAGCAGUGAUCAUCUCUUGAUGCCGUAUGUGAGUGCUGUUCCCCACAAAGAGCAUUAGCUGUGUGUUACAUGACACAACAUUACACCCUUUCUUGAUUUUAUGUUCAGAUUUUUUUUCUUCUUCCUUCUGUUGGUCCUGAAUCGAUUUCGCACAUGAUUACCAUCUGUAGGUACUAUACUCUGUUUCCCUUGUUUUC